ACUAAAAAUAAUAAAAAAACGUGGAUAGAGAGAGAGAUGCGGAAGCUAAUCCUGCAGAAGAAAGAGUUUUUUCAUAACAAAAUUUUCACACCGAAACCCUAGAAUUUGGGUACAAGAUAAAAACCCAGUUCAGGAAAAAAGGUGUCUAGGAUUUUUAUUUGGGUUUGGGAUUUGGAGCCCAUUGGAAAUUUGGCGUAGUGGUAAGUUUUUUUUUUUUUUGUCUGAAUCUCCGCCCCCCAUUAUUGAAUUUCCGUUUGAACAUUGAACGUUGAGCCUUCGAUUUUUUGGAUAGACUCGAAACUUCGAAGCAGUUCAAUUUGAUGUAAAUUGGAACUGUUUCUGUUUAUGGUUUUUUAAUAAUAAAAAAAAAUAAAUCACAUUUUUGAGAUCGUAUGUUUCGAUGUUGAGUGCAAACUGAGAAGUGGGUCUGAUUUUCGGGAUUCAUUUCGUGGUGGAUUCUGUCAUUGGAAAUUUGGAAUUAAAAAGCUUGGAAGUGAUCAUUGCAAUUUUGAGAUUUAGCGUUUAGAAGGAAUUGUGGGUUAGGUGGCCUGGUGUUUUUGAACAUAAAUCUGCAAAAAUAAUGGUGGGUUUGAGAAUGUGUUGCCGUACAUUGGAGAUUUCAGUGAAUCGGUGGACCAUUUGGGGAUGGGAUUUGUGAGUUGGUAUUGAAGUUGGAUUUGGUCGUGGCAUUUUGGAAAUCAGUGUUAGAAGACAAUUUAGGAUUUUGUGAAUGAGAGGGUUGUGUAAAGUAGAAAGGAGAUGAAACCCAAACUUGUGGGUCUCAAGAUACGAUGACUGGAGGGUCAUUGGGUUUACGUACGGGAGUUAUGGAUCACUUCAACAACAGAUACAGAACGGUACCUUGCAGACUUCUCAGGCGCGAAAACCUUCUAAGAUGCUUCUUUCUAGUUCAAGGGAGAAGGAAAAGCUUCUCCCAUUUAUUUGCCGAUACGUUGGUCGAAGGAGGGUUGCGAUGCUCCUCUUGAUUGUCCUCGCUCUUUUGGUUUUUGUAUUCGGUUCCUUUACGGUUAAUAAAGAAUCGAACAUCACUUCACACAUAGGAAGCAUGACACCUUAUCGGUCAGAUUAUCCUCUAUCUUCAAAUCCACCAGGAGUAGAAGAUAAUCAUGGGUAUAAGAAUUAUUUUGAAGAGAUCUCUUUGAAAGGAAAUGAUCAAAGUCAAGCUUCAUCUUUUCCUCCUCCUCCUCCUUCUAGUGCAACAGCUACAAGUGUUACAUGGUCUAACCCUUCAUCGGGCCAUCUUUGUGGAAAUUUUGUGUUUCCUCCUCCCCCACCAGCUGGUAGUAAAAGGAUUGGACCACGCCCAUGCCCAGUAUGUUAUCUCCCUGUAGAGCAGGCUAUAGCUAGCAUGCCAAGCUCCCCAUCAGCUUCACCAGUGCUACGUAAUUUGACAUAUAUCCAUGAUGAAAAUCCUAUCAAAACCGAGACUCAUGGAGGCUCCGACUUUGGUGGAUAUCCUUCUUUAAAGCAGAGGAAUGAGUCCUUUGAAAUAAAAGAGUCAAUGGCAGUGCACUGUGGAUUUGUUAAGGGAAGCAAACCCGGUCACCAGAGUGGAUUUGAUAUUGAUGAAGCUGACCUUCUAGAGUUGGAGCAGUUUCAUGAAGUUAUGGUUGCAUCAGCCAUAUUUGGAAACUAUGACAUUAUACAGCAGCCCAAGAACAUUAGUGAAGCGGCCAGAAAAAAUGUUCGUUUUUAUAUGUUUAUUGAUGAAGAGACUGAAGCUUAUAUGAAGAAUUCUAGUGUCUUGGACAGCAGUAAGAGGAUUGGGUUAUGGAGAAUUAUUGUCGUUCAUAAUAUUCCAUACACUGAUCCAAGACGUAAUGGAAAGGUUCCAAAGCUUCUAUUGCAUAGGAUCUUCCCCAAUGUUCGGUAUUCCAUAUGGAUUGAUGGAAAGCUCCAGCUUGUUGUGGAUCCAUAUCAAAUUCUUGAGAGGUUUUUGUGGCGUGAAAAUGCUAAUUUUGCCAUCUCAAGACACUAUAAACGCUUUGAUGUUUUUGAAGAGGCCGAAGCUAAUAAAGCUGCUGGGAAAUACGACAAUGCCUCUAUUGACUACCAGAUUGAGUUUUAUAGAAGGGAGGGCUUAACACCAUAUUCUCUGGCUAAGCUUCCAAUAACAAGUGAUGUUCCUGAAGGUUGUGUCAUCAUAAAGGAGCACAUUCCCAUCACAAAUCUAUUUACCUGUCUAUGGUUCAAUGAAGUUGAUCGUUUUACUCCCAGGGAUCAGUUAAGCUUUUCCACGGUGAGAGACAAAAUGAUGUCAACAGUGAGUUGGGGCAUCAAUAUGUUUAUGGAUUGUGAAAGGCGUAACUUUGUGAUACAGGCAUACCACAGAGAUUUAUUGGAGCACAUGCCUCCUCCAGUUGGUCGGAUAAUCCAUUCUCCACCCACUUUGCCUGUCUAUAAUCCAAUGGUAAGGCCUCCUAUGAAGAAGAUUAUUAGGCGAAGAGGAGAUAGGAAAUCUGGUCAAAAGCGUCAUCGUAAAGUUGUUGCUGGUCAUAGAGACAACAAUCCAUUCUAGGUUUUCAUUUUCUUGGAAGGGAGGUGGGAAGUAAAGAAUUUUUUCUUUCUUUGUUCAAAUUAUACGGCACGGGUUGCAAGGAUGUGGCUAGAUUCAAGCAGGAUGGCCACAAGGACAAACAUUGCUCUAAUUUUUGUUUCAGAAAAUGCUAUUUUUGGUAAGUAAAAAGGUUAACCAUCGAUUUUUGUUGUAAAUACCUUCACUCCAAAUAAGUUCCGUUGAUGCUGCUGUCA